AAAGUUGCUCUUAUUUGACAAGUGCAUCUUUUCACAAAAAAAAUGUUAAAAAAAUCAAAAAUUAAAUCAUUUCCCUGCUUGUUCGUGGGAAGCGCAGCUCUUAGACCUUUGCUCCCUCCUUUGCUCCCUCCUCCCUUUGCUCCCUCCUUCCUCGCUGCUCCCCUAAACCCAAACAACUUCACCGGCGACGCCUCUGGUCAACUUCACCGAUCUCCUCUCCUCUCUUCUCUUCAGCGCCGCUGCGCUGUGACCAACGCUCCAACACCUCACCUCCACCUUGCACCCUACUUAGUAUUGGGCAGGCAAAGCGAGAGAAUACACAACCUUGCUUUCCAUGCAACGGCUCUGGAGCUCGUUACAGAUUUUAAAAAGAGUUUGAAUACUGUAAAUUCUGCAUGUGAUGAGGUGCGAAAUUCUGGGAACUUGAAAGAGAUCAUGCAGUUAAUCCUUAAUCUAGGAAAUUUAUUAAAUUCUGGAACUGCAAGAGGAGAUUAUGUGCAGCACAAAAACUUUACAUCAAAGUUCACCCCUUACCAUUCUUCGGCCAAAGAUUUCUGCUGCUGGUUCUUCGUUACAGAAACCAUUCACAAUGAGGUUUUCAAAACUCCAAGGGAGGGGCCCUUUACCAAAAAGGAGUUGGAUGAAGUUCGAGACAAGUGGGCUACUUACUUCAACGAUUGUGAACUACCCUCGGUGUAAUAAAUAGAGAAGGCUUGUAGUUAUUCGUGACCCUUACAUUAUUUUGUUAUUUAUCGAUUUAAUUAAUUACAUUUGAAUUAAUUCGGUAUUAUUAUUGGAAAUUUGAAAUUUAUAUCA